AUGGGCGACAAAACCGCUUUCUUCUACGGCACUCUGAUGGCCCGCGAGAUCCUCCACCGCGUCCUCUACGGCCCCUCCUUCAGCCUCACCUCCCCCUCGCACGCGCCGUCCCAGCUCCUCGCCUCCCAGCUGACCAUCACGCCGGCCCUCCUCCCCUCCUACUGCCGGCACAAGGUCCGCCACGCCGACUACCCGGGCAUCGUAGCCUCCCCGGCCCACGAGGUGCGCGGCACCUACGUGACGGGCCUGACGGCCGCCGACGUCUGGAAGCUCGACCGCUUCGAGGGCGACGAGUACGCGCUGGAGGACGUCACCGUCACCCUGCUUGCGGACGAGGAGGGGAAGGGGGAGGGGAAGAAGGGGGAGCAGCGGACGACCAAGAGCUAUGUGUAUACGGCUGGCCGCCAUAGGCUGGAGGAUGAGGAGUGGGAUUAUGAGGUUUUUCGCAGGGAGAAGCUGUGGCGCUGGACAGGGCAGGGGAGCGACGAGGAGUAUAAGGGUGAGUGGUAA